CGCGGAGCGUGGAGCCCGCUCAGAGCCGGCCCGGAGCGCUCCGACUUGCAAGCGGGCUGUGCUGUGGAGCCGGGUGCCCGAGUGACAGCCGCGGGGAGUUCAGGGCCGGAGGACGCGAGCCCUCAGGGGCAGCUGCAGGGCGUUGGGCAGCGCUCGCCUGCGCCGAGCGAGUCUCCUCUUCCUGGCGCUCCGCCGCCCCGCACCCCACUCUCCCACCCUCUCGCAACUUGGGUCGAGUUGACAACUCCCGCGGCGACCCGCUGGCCCGUGCCGCCUCCGCUGCGCACCCCUCCCCGGGGGUGAGAGAGAGCAGGCUCGCCGGCUCCGAGGACGCUCGGGCGGCAGCUGCUUGGCCAUGAGGGCAGCGCGAGUCGUCUAACUCGCGGCUGUCACCGCCACUGCAGCGGAGCCGGCCGGCUGGGCGCUGCGGGACGGGCGGGCGGCUGCCGGCAGGAGGCGCCGAGCCGGGUGACUGCCGCGGCGGGCACAGUCCGGGGCCACAGCGCCGAGCCCGGGCGGGAGUGGCCCCGCGCAGGCGGGGAGCCGUGCCGCGCACUCCAACCCGGCGGGCACAUCGGGGGCGGGCGCGGGGCGCAGCCUUCUCGUCCCGGCCUCUGUGACAAGUGCGCCGGGGCCGGGAGCCCGACUGCCGGGCUCGGGGUGGGCGCGGACGCAGGCACUGGGCUCGUGCGGGGCCCCGGGCGUCGCGAUGAACAUCGUGGUGGAGUUCUUCGUGGUCACUUUCAAAGUGCUCUGGGCGUUCGUGCUGGCCGCGGCGCGCUGGCUGGUGCGGCCCAAGGAGAAGAGCGUGGCGGGCCAGGUGUGCCUCAUCACCGGCGCCGGCAGCGGCCUGGGCCGCCUCUUCGCGCUGGAGUUCGCCCGGCGCCGGGCGCUGCUGGUGCUGUGGGACAUCAACACGCAGAGCAACGAGGAGACGGCUGGCAUGGUGCGCCACAUCUACCGCGACCUGGAGGCGGCCGACGCCGCCGCGCUGCAAGCUGGGAAUGGUGAGGAAGAAAUUCUGCCCCACUGUAACUUGCAGGUUUUUACGUACACCUGUGAUGUGGGGAAGAGGGAGAAUGUCUACCUGACGGCUGAAAGAGUCCGCAAGGAGGUUGGCGAAGUCUCAGUCCUGGUCAAUAAUGCUGGUGUGGUCUCUGGGCAUCACCUUCUGGAAUGUCCUGAUGAGCUCAUUGAGAGAACCAUGAUGGUCAAUUGCCAUGCACAUUUCUGGACCACUAAGGCUUUUCUUCCUACGAUGCUGGAGAUUAAUCAUGGUCAUAUUGUGACAGUUGCAAGUUCCUUGGGAUUGUUCAGUACUGCCGGAGUUGAGGAUUACUGUGCCAGUAAAUUUGGAGUUGUGGGUUUUCAUGAAUCCCUGAGCCAUGAACUAAAGGCUGCUGAAAAGGAUGGAAUUAAAACAACUUUGGUUUGCCCUUAUCUUGUAGACACUGGCAUGUUCAGAGGCUGCCGAAUCAGGAAAGAAAUUGAGCCUUUUCUGCCACCUCUGAAGCCUGAUUACUGUGUGAAGCAGGCCAUGAAGGCCAUCCUCACUGACCAGCCCAUGAUCUGCACCCCUCGCCUCAUGUACAUCGUGACCUUCAUGAAGAGCAUCCUCCCAUUUGAAGCAGUUGUGUGCAUGUAUCGGUUCCUAGGAGCGGACAAGUGUAUGUACCCCUUUAUUGCUCAAAGAAAGCAAGCCACAAACAAUAAUGAAGCAAAAAAUGGAAUCUAAGAAUCUUUUUGUAUGGAAUAUUACUUCUAUCAGAAGAUGAUCCAGAUGUUUCAGUCCAAUGCACAUCAGCAUUGCUGACAUUUUAUGGAUUCUAAACUUGUGUUGUUUCUUUUUUUAAUCAACUUUUUAAAAAAAUAAAGUGUAAAUUAACCGACUAGAGUACUUGGAAAAUGUGAUCAGUAAAAGUGAACUUAGGUUGUUGCCAACAGGGUCCUUUUAGGCAGAACCCAAAAACCAGUCAAAUCUUUAGAGAAGCACUGUGUGACAUCUUCAGGUUACCAUUAUUUUUUUAAUGAGCAGGAAGUCUAGAAAUGAUAACUAGACUGUAUAUUUCAUGUGUGUGAUUUUUCAGAAUUCCCAUAGAGUUUACUCAUUCUUGUUAUUAAACUCCAGCCAGUUGACAUCUUCGCAAUUUCAAGGACUGAUAGUGCUAUAUUUUCUCAUGUUUUCUAAGUUUCCGUUUUGCAAGGCCUAGGUGGCUUUUUCAUGGUGUUUGUAUGUUUAGCUCUUUUGAAAAGGAAUUUUGAAAUCUGCAUCAACUGAAGUAAAUGAUAUCUGAGUAUUACAGUAAAGGUGACCAAGUGUCUUUCUUAAAGUCACAAUGACUAAAGUAUUAGCUGAAUUUUUUUUUUUUUUUUUUUUUUUGAGACAGAGUCUCGCUCUGUACCAGGCUGGAGUGCAGUAGCACAAUCUCGGCUCACUGCAGUCUCUGCCUCACAGGUUCAAGUGAUUCUCCUGCCUCAGCCUCCUGAGUAGCUGGGACUACAAGCACGCGCCACCAUGCCCAGCUAAUUUUUAUAUUUUUAGUAGAGAUGGGGUUUCACCAUGUUGGUCACGAUUGUCUCCAUCUCUUGACAUCGUGAUCCGCCCGCCUCAGCCUCCCAAAGUGCUGGGAUUACAGGCAUGAGCCACUGCGCCCAGCCUUGAAUUUUUAAUUUUAUCUCUGAAAUACUUCAUUAAGUGUCUGGAGACCUAAUUAUCCUAAAAGAUCAUCCAUUUUCUACCUAUGAAUUUUGCUGCAUACAGAAAGUGCCCUUCCCUCAGGAAGUUGCUGUGUUUCAUUUCUUUGGAUGGACUCUUACCUAGAAUACAUAGCAGCUCUGCAAAGAAACAGGUUUUAAAAAUGGGAACUUCUACAUUGAAAAGUCCCCAUUUUUGUGCCAACUAUAAUGAGUGAGAGGGAGAAAUCUUAUUCUAUGGCAUAUGUAUGGAAAGGUGUAAAGAUUCUUUUGAAAGUUUUAUUCACGUUGUAGAACAGCAAAUGACAUUUUUACAGUAUUUUUUUGUAAAGCAAACUAUUUUGUGCCUUGAAUUUGGUAUAUGUGUAUUAGUGAAACAUUGUAAAAGUGAACUUCUACCUCUGUAUCUAAAUGUAUACCAUCCACUUGUAAAUUACUAUAAACUAUUAUGUGAUUGCCUUUUUUUUUUUUUUUUUUUUUUUAGAAUGUCUUGUUUAAAUAGCAGCCAAUGUUUAAGGCUAUUAAAAUAAGCCAACUUUUACUAAUUGGGGAGUUUUAUAAAUGACUGAUUAAAUUUAAAGAAUUAACUUACAUGCAACUGUGUGAUUAUUAGUUAUCAGCAGUGUUGUAAGGAAAAUUAUUGUGUUUUUUUUUAAUGAUCAUUAUCCCACUUUAGGUAAAGAAAAAUGUUGGAAUGGAAUAGUGUUGGGAAACAGACAUUAACAACCUAGGGUGCCUGCACUCAAAUAGCCAAUGUUACCGUCCCUAGAUUAGAUACUUGAUUAAGGGCUUGUUCGUACCAAAAGUGGGGAAACAAUCCAUGACCUGUGUUUUAGUUUGGCUGCACCACAGAUCAAAUCUGCACUAUGUCUACAUAGGAAAGGUCCUGCUAUGUGCUAAUGUUCCCAGUGCAGGACUUGAGGAAGAGCUCUGUUGUAUGUUUCCAUUUCUCUUUAUAAAAGAUAACCAAAUCUUGUGGCCUUUAUAACAAUGGAGGCACUGGCUGCCUCUUAAUUUUCAAUCAUGGACCUAAAUAAGUACUCUGAAGUAGUCUCAGCAGUGCCAGGUGGGGACAGAUAUACUCAGAGGUUAUCCAGGUCUGCCUCCCAGCGAGCCUGGAGUACAACAGACCCUCCUAGAGAAAUCUGUUGUAAUUUAACAACCCACUUAUCCACCUUAAAACUGAGGAAAGUCUUCUUUACAUCUAAUUUUAUUCUUGUGUGUUGUAACUUAAACCUUUUUCUAUUUUUGUUUAUUAUUGCCCUUACAAGGGUGUCUAUCUCCAAGUUCAAUAAACCUAAUUCAUUUAA